GUUUCUGGAAAUAGAAAGGUCAUGCAUUCUGGAACCUGUGAGCCUUUCCAAUCUCUAAGUCACCAGAGAAAUGAUGAAGAAGCAGUUGUGGAUAGAGGCGGUACUCGUUCUAUUCUCAAAACACACUUUGAGAAAGAAGAUUUAGAAGGUCAUCGAACACUGUUUAUUGGAGUUCAUGUGCCCCUGGGAGGAAGAAAAAGCCAUCGACGUCAUCGGCAUCGUGGUCACAAACACAGAAAAAGAGAUAGAGAGAGAGAUUCAGGGUUAGAGGAUGGACGGGAGUCACCUUCUUUUGACACUCCAUCACAGCGAGUACAGUUUAUUCUUGGAACCGAGGAUGAUGACGAGGAACACAUUCCUCAUGACCUUUUCACAGAACUGGAUGAGAUUUGCUGGCGUGAAGGUGAGGAAGCUGAGUGGCGAGAAACGGCCAGGUGGUUGAAGUUUGAAGAAGAUGUGGAAGAUGGAGGGGAAAGGUGGAGCAAACCAUAUGUGGCUACUCUUUCAUUGCACAGCUUGUUUGAGCUGAGAAGUUGCAUUCUGAAUGGAACUGUGCUGCUGGACAUGCAUGCCAACACUUUAGAGGAAAUUGCAGAUAUGGUCCUUGACCAACAGGUGAGCUCAGGUCAGCUGAAUGAAGAUGUACGUCACAGGGUCCACGAGGCACUGAUGAAACAGCACCACCACCAAAAUCAGAAAAAACUUACCAACAGAAUUCCCAUUGUUCGAUCCUUUGCUGAUAUUGGCAAGAAACAAUCAGAACCAAAUUCCAUGGAUAAAAAUGGUCAGGUUGUUUCUCCUCAGUCUGCUCCUGCUUGUGUUGAAAAUAAAAAUGAUGUUAGCAGAGAAAACAGCGCUGUUGACUUUAGCAAGGGACUGGGAGGCCAGCAAAAGGGGCACACUAGUCCAUGUGGGAUGAAACAAAGGCAUGAAAAAGGACCUCCACACCAGCAAGAGAGAGAGCAUGAUUAGUUUCUUAAGAAAGUGCCACAUGGCUCCAAAGUUCCUAAUCAGAUAGAGGUCUUUCAUGAUGUUGCUUACAAAGCUAAAGAUCGCAAUGACUUGGUAUCAGGGAUUGAUGAAUUUCUGGAUCAGGUUACAGUUCUCCCUCCUGGAGAAUGGGACCCCAGCAUUCGAAUAGAGCCUCCCAAGAAUGUUCCUUCACAGGAAAAGAGGAAGAUUCCUGCUGUACCAAAUGGAACAGCAGCUCAUGGGGAACCUGAGCCUCACGGGGGACAUAGUGGACCUGAACUCCAGCGAACUGGAAGGAUUUUUGGGGGACUUAUCUUAGAUAUCAAAAGAAAAGCUCCAUUCUUCUGGAGUGACUUCAGAGAUGCUUUCAGCCUGCAGUGCUUAGCAUCUUUUCUGUUUCUCUACUGCGCCUGUAUGUCUCCUGUCAUCACAUUUGGAGGACUGCUGGGAGAAGCAACUGAAGGUCGUAUAAGUGCAAUCGAAUCUCUCUUUGGAGCAUCCAUGACCGGGAUAGCCUAUUCUCUCUUUGGUGGACAACCUCUUACCAUAUUAGGCAGUACAGGACCAGUUUUGGUGUUUGAAAAGAUUUUGUUUAAAUUUUGCAAAGAAUAUGGGCUAUCAUACUUAUCUUUAAGAGCCAGUAUUGGACUUUGGACUGCAACAUUAUGUAUCAUACUUGUGGCCACUGAUGCCAGUUCCCUCGUCUGCUAUAUCACCCGGUUUACUGAAGAAGCUUUUGCUUCUCUGAUUUGUAUCAUUUUCAUUUAUGAGGCUCUGGAGAAGCUGUUUGAACUCGGUGAAGCAUAUCCAAUCAACAUGCAUAAUGAUUUGGAACUGCUGACACAAUAUGCAUGUAACUGUGUGGAGCCACAUAAUCCCAGCAAUGAUACAUUGAAGGAAUGGAGGGAAUCCAAUAUUUCAGCCUCUGACAUAAUUUGGGAGAACCUGACUGUGUCAGAGUGCAAAUCACUGCAUGGAGAGUAUGCUGGACGAGCCUGUGGCCAUGAUCACCCCUAUGUGCCAGAUGUUCUGUUCUGGUCAGUGAUACUGUUCUUUUCCACAGUUACAAUGUCAGCCACUCUGAAGCAGUUCAAGACUAGCCGAUAUUUUCCAACUAAGGUUCGAUCCAUAGUGAGUGACUUUGCUGUCUUUCUUACAAUUUUGUGUAUGGUUUUAAUAGACUAUGCCAUUGGGAUCCCAUCUCCAAAACUGCAAGUACCAAGUGUUUUCAAGCCUACCAGAGAUGAUCGUGGCUGGUUUGUUACACCUUUAGGUCCAAAUCCAUGGUGGACAGUAAUAGCUGCUAUAAUUCCAGCUUUGCUUUGUACUAUUCUAAUUUUUAUGGACCAACAGAUUACAGCUGUCAUCAUCAACAGAAAAGAGCAUAAGCUAAAGAAAGGUUGUGGGUACCAUCUGGAUCUAUUAAUGGUGGCCGUCAUGCUUGGAGUAUGCUCCAUCAUGGGCUUGCCAUGGUUUGUGGCUGCCACAGUCCUUUCCAUCACUCAUGUCAACAGCCUGAAAUUGGAAUCAGAAUGUUCAGCUCCAGGAGAACAACCCAAAUUUCUUGGCAUUCGGGAACAAAGGGUUACUGGGCUUAUGAUUUUUAUUCUCAUGGGAUCAUCCGUCUUUAUGACCAGCAUUCUGAAGUUUAUUCCCAUGCCAGUGCUAUAUGGAGUAUUUCUUUAUAUGGGUGCUUCAUCUCUAAAGGGAAUUCAGUUAUUUGAUAGGAUAAAGCUCUUCUGGAUGCCUGCAAAACAUCAACCAGAUUUUAUAUAUCUACGGCAUGUACCACUCCGAAAAGUUCAUCUCUUUACAAUUAUUCAGAUGAGUUGCCUUGGCCUUCUGUGGAUAAUAAAAGUUUCAAGAGCUGCUAUUGUCUUUCCCAUGAUGGUGUUAGCCCUGGUAUUUGUAAGAAAGUUGAUGGACUUCUUAUUUACCAAACGAGAACUCAGCUGGUUGGAUGAUUUAAUGCCUGAGAGUAAGAAAAAGAAACUAGAAGAUGCUGAAAAAGAAGAGGAACAAAGUAUGCUAGCUAUGGAGGAUGAGGGCACAGUACAGCUCCCACUGGAAGGGCAUUAUAGAGAUGAUCCAUCUGUGAUAAAUAUUUCUGAUGAAAUGUCAAAGACUGCCUUGUGGAGGAACCUUUUGAUUACUGCCGAUAACUCAAAAGAUAAGGAGUCAAGCUUUCCUUCUAAAAGCUCCCCUUCCUAAUCACUCUAGAAGCUGAUUCCCCAAAGCACUGAAAGCCGAAAAGAGAAGAAAGCUGACUCAGGGAAAGGUGUUGACAGGGAGACUUGUCUAUGACUUGAUCUUCAAUUUAUUUUUUUUUCAUAUAUAUGUCACAAUUAUUAAUAAAACUGCUUUGAUCAUGUAUUGUAAAUUCUGUUUCUCAUCCCCAAUCCACCUUCAUACUGUAAGUAGUGCAAUACUUGUUUCAUUUCUGUGUUUAACCUUCUGAGCAAGUGAGACAACCUUGUGAGCAGAUACAAUAGCUAAUGCAAGAAUCCGUGUUGUGUUCCUUGCUGUAAGACAUUUAUAAACACUGAAUUCUCAUUGUCAGCUUUAUGAGAGCAAUAGCUUUCUUAAAGAGAUAAGUCAUAUUUGCCUAGUUUGUAUUUUCCUACUUUAGUAACCUGAAGAUGCCUGAUAAUUUCAUUCAGAAGAAUUUUGAAAGGUAGUCUUACUUCUUUUUAUUUUUAUAGAUUAGCAUUAGUGACUUACUUAAAAAAAUCAAACAGUUAGUUUGAAAGCAUUUUUAAUAAUAAUAUUUAUGCACUUCCUUGAUUUAAUACUUAAGAAUUUAUAUGUAACCAAAACUUACAGUCAUUUGAAAAAAAAAAUCUAUAACCUGUUCACAGCUUGUUAAAAACAAUCAGAUACUAAUGCAAUGAGUCAACUAGUAUUUGCUUAAAAUUCAAGUUGUGAAUACAUGAUCAAAUAUUAGGCUUGUAUGAAAUGCUUUAGAAAAACUUUGUAAUGGUUUUGUGGGAUUUAUCAGAAAUGUGCUGUUAAAUUUCUCUCCCAUUGACAAGAGAUGUUUUCCAAAUAAACCUAUAAAUACAUACUUGUGGAGUAACACAAGAUAAAUUAUCAUACAUGAAAUUCCACUUCUGUACAGUUAUUCUGCUACUAAUGGUCAUGUACUGCUUAAUGUUGGUCCUGAAUCAUGUUCUAAUGAAGACCAAAAGGUCUCCAAUUGUAAUUUUUUUUUUUUUCUGCAAAGCUCUUUUCCACUUUUUAAUUAAAUGCAUGUUGUGGAAAAACAAUCUUUUAAGUGAAAAUUUCAGAUUCUGUUUGAGAAGUUUCUGUAGAUAUUUUAGUCCAUAUGAAAUAAUCCAUAUUUAAUAAGCUUAUGCAAGAAGAAGGAAAGUUAAGGGUUUGAGCAUUACAAAAAAUGUAAUAUUUAAUUUCAUUUUAGAUGAAUGUGAAAUGAAUAAAAACUAAAUUUGAGUAAUCAGUGGUCAUCACACUUAAAAUAUUUCAAUGUCCAAUUUUACAAUAUUUCUGAGCCCCUUGGCUUUUAUAUACUAUUAUUCAUGUACUCUGUACAUGCACACGAAAAGUAGAAUAAAUUCCUUUUUGUGAUUAAGCUAAUAAGGGGGAAAAAAGCAACAAAUCCUCCAAUAGAUUUCACAUUUUGAUACCUUCUAAAAACAUUUUCCUCACAAUCCUUGAAGGAGUCAUUUUUUAAAAAUGGAACAUGAGUCAAAAAAUUAUGGGAAGAAGAAUUUGCAGUUUAAAAAGUUUGUCUUUAUAAAUGCUGAAGAAAAAAAUACAGAAACUUUCUGUUCUAAAUAGGUUGCCUUUUUGUAUUUUAUAAUACUGAUAUACACUGUAAACAUUUCCAUUAUUUUAUGAUUUAGCCAGCCAGUCCCAAAAGCAGUCUCCUAGUGUUUUAAUAUAUUACUAACUGUUCAGUUAAAAAUGAUCACAGUGAAUUAAAAACUUCAUGUGAUCACUGAUUUGAAUAAGCAAUCAUAUUCAAUGAAAUUCUGUAUUUCUGAGUAUUUUUAUAGUCAUUUUGUUCCUGUGUGAAUUUUAAUGCUAUCUCUAUGUUAAUCCUAAUAUUUUGAAAUCAUAUAAAACAUAAGAAAAAUGUAGUGUUAUAUAUUUACUCUUAAUUUCAGAUUCCUGGUCAGAAUUACUGAAUAUAUUGAAUGUAAUUUAUUGCAAAGUUUAAGUAAUGUGUAAAUGUGACUAGGAUAUUGUUUUUCAAAACAAAUGUUAUGUGGAAAUAAAUAUUUAUCCUAA